UUAUUAAUACAGAUUAUCAUAAACAUGAAAGAAAACAAUAAUGUAAACUCUAUUUAGGAUAUCGUUGAAGUCUUGCAAAAAAAACCUGAUUAAAGGACAAUAUAAGAUUUAAAACGCUUAAUCUAUGCAACUCAGCAAAUUUAAUUUUUUGAUAGAUAUGUAGAAUAAGGAAGAGAAAAGGUAUUACAGAAAUGUUGCAAACACAUGAAGUACGAAGCUAUGGAAAAAGGCUAGAAAGUAUUUGAAAUAGAUGAAAGAGGAACAAAAUUCUACUUAAUUCUUUCAGGAAAAGUAGGUGUAUAUAUAAAAGAUCCUAACUAAUAAACAAAUAUUAAUGAUUCACCUAAGAUUUUUGGAAACCACUCUCAUCAAGCAGCUAAUUAAAGAGAUUAACAUAAUGAAGAUAUUGUUAUGUCAAGAAAAUAAAGUAAAUUUGCAAAGGAUGAAAAUGCCCAAAAUCAUAAUGGGCAAAAUACUCCAAACGAGAAAAAAUUUGACCCAGAUGAUUAUUUUAUUUAGCUAAGAUAAAAAUUUUCUAGGCCAAAGAAAAUAAAUAAUGCUUUUCUCAGUAAUAACGGGAACGAAAACAUUGAAUUAUAUACUCCUAAAAAUACUCAUUUAAUGAUUUGUGUGAAAGAAAUAGAAGCAGGCAAUGCAUUUGGAGAGUUAGCUUUACUUAAUAAUAAACCUAGAUUAGCUACUAUUGUUUGCCAUGAAAAUUGUUAGUUUGCCAUUUUAGAGAAAGAAGACUUUACUAAAAUUCUAAAAGAUAUUGAAGAAAAGCUACUUGAUUAAGAGAUAUCAUUAUUAGCUAAUCUCCACAUUUUUUAAGGAUGGAACAAAAACUUACUUAAAUAGCUUUAUUUAAAUAGUUAGAAAGUUAAAUUUAACAGAGGAUAGGUCAUAUUCAAAGAAGGAGAUGCUUGUGAUAAUGUUUAUAUUGUAAAUCAAGGGGAGUUUACAACAUAUAAAAUAUUUGAGUUCAAUCGCGACUAGGAAUCAAAAGAUUUAAAUUUAGAUGAAUUUAAAGAACAAAAUAUCGUUGAUUAGUUAAAUUAAGUUCAUGGCAGUUAAAAGUCAAUAGAAGCAUUACCUAUAAAGAUGUCUAUUUUAACUCCUUUCGAAAUGUUCGGGGAAGAAGAUUUUCUAAUGAAAUAAGAUAGAACAUUUUCAGUUAAAUGCACAUCUUUUUAAGGUUAGCUGAUAGUAAUUAAAAAUAAGAAUUUUAACAUUAGAAUUAUGUAAGACGAUUACACUAGACAGUAUUUAUAUGAAAGACUAGAAAAGAAAAAAAAAACAUUUGAUCAACGAUCACAGACGAUUGUCCAACAAUACAGAUAAUAUAAAUAAUAUUUGUUGGCAUCUACUGACAAUUUAUUUGAUUUCUGUAUUGAAGCUAUUAAGAAAUAAAGUAAUGAAGAAACUGAUUAUCACUAAAUUAAUUUUGGUUCAAAGAGUAUUUCUCCAGCUAAGUCAAAUAAUUAGCAAGUAGAUUUAAAGCAAAAGCAAAAUAAUUUUAAAUUAGUUUAAUAGAAAUUUGAGCAGUAAGAAUAGCAAUAAGAUAGUAUUCAUAUGCUUUAAAAAGUUCUAAAUUAUGACUUAAAAUAUCAUAGACAAAGCCUGUAAAAAGGAUUAUCUGGGAUGUUCAAUAAAGAGUUCAAAGAUACAAGUAUAAGAAAAAACCAAAAAGAAGUUAAUAUUGAAAUGUAACAUUAUGCAAAAUAAUUCAAUUAGUACGAAACAGAUAAAUUUAUCAACAUGAAUGCUUAAGAGGAGAUAAAUAAUCAGGAACUAUCCAGCAAAUUAGCUAAUGAACAAAAUCAUGUUAAUGAUUAAUAGUAUAGCAAAGAGCAAAGAUCCAAGUCUGUCUCUACAUUAAAAAAUGAAACAAGAGAUUAGCUUUUGAAUUAAUAUAGAUAAAUAAUUUAUGAAUAGUCAUCUAUACACUUUAAAAUUAAAUGUCACUAAGCUUAAAAGCCAAAAUCAGACAGAUCUAAAAUUGAUUAUUUGUAGAUUAUGAGAGAAAAAGAACAAGUUAUAUAGAGUCCUGAUAAAGUAAUAUAAAAAAGAAGAAGAGCAGUUAGCGCUAAUUCUAUUAAAGAAUUAUAGCAUAACUUAUCUCUUAAUAAAAGCAUCCAAAGCUAAAAAAAGGGAAUAAACUACUUUUCUAUGAUUCCAACUGUUAAAACAGAAGCCUCUCCUGAAAAGGGUUUAUAUAGGUAUUAUUCUUAUAAUCCUCCAACUUCAAGAAAAUCUAUUAGUGAUUCCUUCUAACAAGAAAAGAAGUAAAGCUAAAGUAAUAAUUUAGAAAUUUAACAGCCAUAAGAAAUGUGCUUUGAUUAGUAAUAAGAAGAUAUUUAUGAUUAAGAUAAGUAAUAAUAAGAUAAAAUCAAAAAUUAAUUAGAUAAAUAAAUUCAAGUUUAAAAUAGUGUUCUUGAUAAAAAUAAAUAUUAAUUAAUAAAAGUUUAUUAAUCUCAAAACAAACAAAAAUAAAAUUUGGUGAAAUAAUAAUAAUAUAUCACAAAUUAUUUUAUUGGUGAGCGAAAUUAAAAAAUACUAACAAGGUCAUAAUCUUAAAAUUAGAUAAAUAUUAAUUAGAAUAUUUAAGAAUAAAAAGGAAUCAAAAAUUAAUAACAAACUAAAGUUUUAAAUUAAAAGACGAGAUCCUCAUCAGUUUAAACUCCAUUCAAAGAUACAAUAAUUAUAAAUAAAUGUCAUCUUUAAUCAAAAAUUUAAAAUGAAAAAUAAAUUCAUGACGAGAUAAGUGAAGAUAUUAAUGCUCUGAAUUAAAUAGAUCAAUUAAAAGAAAAUGCAUUUGUAUAAUAUUAGAUAAAUAAUUUAAAUUAAGAUCAUAUAAGCUAAAACGUCCAUCAUUUUACAAAUUAAAUAUCUUAAUAGUAUCAAUAAAAAUAGCCAACUCAAGCUCUAUUCAAAUUAGCUAAUAAUACAAACUAAAGUGAAAGAGAAAUAAAAGAAGACUAAAACAGCAAUACUUUGCAUUAUAAUUUAUAAGAUUAACUGAGAAAACCAAAAUGGAGAUAUGAAAAAUAUGAUAUAUUAGGUAAUAUAAAUCUGUUAGAUAGUUAAAUGUCUAAGAUUAAAAACUUGUAAAAAAAUGGGAUAAUUUAAAAUUCAAUUUUAUAAAAACAGACAGAAAAUUCUUAGGCUUUUAUUGCUUCUAAAAUAAGACAAAAAAAAUGA